AUGGCUGAACAACAAUGGCAGGGCUCCCCGGCGCGCAAGUCAGGAGGCCCGCCGAGCUCCGGUCCCUCUUGCAUCCUUCCCUUCUUUAGCUACCCACCUUGUGCGCAACACAGCGGAACUGACGGAAUGCUUCGAAACUUAACAGCCCAGCGACACCCGAACUUGAAUCUCACGGCAGAGGAAAAACGCGUCUUUUACCACCUGUUCCAGGCUGCCGACACAACCAACCUGGGGGUCAUCACUGGCGAGAUCGCAGUGCCCUUCUUUGAGAAGACACACCUUCCUUCAGACAAAGAGAACAGGGGCUUACUGACUCCGGCGGGCUUUGGAAUCGUUCUCCGUCUAAUUGGACAUGCUCAAGCUGGUCGCGCACCAUCAGAUGAGCUGGCUCUACAGCCCGGUCCUCUUCCCCGAUUCGAGGGGAUCUCAAUUGAUCCCUCAGCUCCUGGGCCUGAGUCAGGGACAACAAGCCCUCCACCAGGUGCCAAUGCGCCUAUUCGAGUCCCACCACUGCAGCCCGAGGAUGCAAACAAAUUUCUCUCCCUCUUCGAGAAGUCUGAUGUCAACAAUGGAGUGAUGUCGGGUGACAUUGCCAAGCAGAUUUUCGAACGAGCUCGAUUACCCAAUGAGAUUCUUGGUCGCAUAUGGAAUCUUUCAGAUACAACACAGCGUGGUGCCCUUGAUGCUACUGAAUUCAUCAUAGCUAUGCAUCUUUUGACCUCAUAUAAAUCUGGUGCCUUACGGGGUAUUCCGCAGGCUCUGCCACCUGGUCUUUAUGAGGCUGCAUCUCGUCGAGGCGCUAGCCGUCCUUCCUUUGGUUCUCGCCCAGAGGUCCCUCCUGUUCCGGCUAUUCCUAAGCAAUUCACUGGACCCCAACGAACUGCCAGCCCUCUUAGUCCUCGACAAUUUAGCGGUCAAUUGGCUGCUCAGACGACAGGAGAUUGGCUUAUCACCCCUCAGGAAAAGGCUCACUUCGAUAGUAUCUUCGAUACCGUCGACACUGCCCGGGCCGGUAUCAUUUCGGGUGACCAGGCAGUCGCUUUUUUCAUGAAGGCGCAGCUACCAGAGGAGGUUCUAGCUCAGAUUUGGGACUUGGCUGAUAUCGAUGCUGAUGGCAAACUGACCCGAGACGAGUUUGCGGUGGCCAUGUACCUAGUCCGCUUGCAGCGCAGCGGAAAGGAGCCCAUUCCACAAGUCAUCCCUCCAGCUCUUAUUCCGCCCAGUAUGCGCCGCCAAGCUCCUGCGCCUGCAGCAGUCCCAGCGCCCACGCCCGCUCCUGCACCUGUACCCCGAUCCGCUGCGGAUGAUCUGUUUGGCCUUGACUCGCCCCCGGCUCCGCCCCAAAAGCAGUUGGCAAUGUCGACUGGGGGUUCGAACGCUGCGUUCCAGCCCCCCGAAGCAGUUUUCGAUGUCGACUGGUGGCUCGAACUCUGCAUUCCCGGCUCCUGCUUCACCGCCAAGAUCUUCGUCGAACACAUUCAAGCCACCUUGCAGCCCCAAGCUACUGGCGCGUCAGCUGGAACUCCUGUCCGCUCUCCCCCGCCUCCAUCCGACGAUCUUCUGGGAGAUAAUGAUCCCGAAGAAUCCAACAAGUUGACGCAAGAAACUACUGAACUUGCUAACUUGUCAAACCAGAUUGGCUCUCUGUCUAAGGAGAUGCACAACAUUCAAGGGAAGCGCACUACCGCGGAGCAGGGACUUGCGCAGAGCUCAGCACAGAAGCGUGAUUUUGAGGCUCGACUUGCGCAAGCACGCACCAUGUACGAGCAAGAAGUUGCCAACCUUAGGGCUCUUGAGGAACGACUCAAGACCUCUAAGACAGAGACCACCAAACUGCAAGCAGAGUAUGCCGCGAUUGAAAGUUCCCGACAGGAUCUGGCUACUCAAUACCAGCAGGUCUCGACCGCAUUGGCCUCUGAUCAGCAGGAGAAUGCUAGCCUGAAGGAAAAAAUCAAGCAUGCGAAUGCCGAAGUUGCUCGGCUCAAGCCAGCACUCGACAAGGCCCGCUCGGAGGCUCGUCAGCAGAAGGGGCUGGUUGCGAUCAACAAGAAACAGCUUGCCACUGUUGAGGGUGAGCGGGACAGGAUCCAAGGUGAAAUUGACGCCAUUGCUAAGGAAACACCGCAAUCUCCCGAAGGCUCACCAGCUCCCACUCCUGCUGUGGCUGAAGUUGCUAGCCCUGCUGCAUCUACGGCGAGCCAGAACACCAACCCUUUCUUCCGGCGCACCGCUACGGGCAGCUCGAGUGAUCAAGCUCGCUCGCCUGACGCUACCACUGACCAGCAGAAGGCAUUCGAUAACAUUUUUAGCCAACAUUUUGGCCCUCCUGCUGCUGCCGCACCGCCCACAUCAUUCCGCGCAGAGACCCCUCUGAACACCAGCAAAUCACCCGUUUCCUCAGGCGUCCCCACCCCUUCUGCAUCACCGGCCCCUGGGCCAUUGCCUGGUGCUUUUCCUGCUACUGAGCCUCCUCCUCCACCUUCACAGUCUCGUCAAUUCACUCCUGCAUUUCUCGGUAUCAGCGACAACCAAUCUGUGACCUCCUCCACCGUCGUGUCUCCCCCGGCCAGUCGCUAUGGUGGUCCAGAAGCCUCUGGUGUCGCAACCCCAUCCCAGUCGGCUAUUGGUGAACCGCUUGCUCCAUCUGCAACAGGGUCCAGUGACUAUAGCCGCGCUCAGGCAUCCACAGCCGAAGCAACGCCGGCCCGCUCUCCAUUUGACGAGUUACCCCCAGCUGUUCAGCCUGCUGUUGCAGCCACUGAGCAAGCCCCAGCUAGUGCCGAGGGCUCAGAAACAGCAAAAGAUUUGACCUUUGAUGAGUUGUUCGGUAGCAAGGCCCACAAGCGAUCUGAGUCCCAGAAGGAGAAUGACUUUGAAGAAGCCUUUGCCGCCAUGAAGCCAACCCACACUGGCGACCAGUCUAAUGGAGGCUUUGGAGCUGCUUCUAACUCUGAGUUCCCUCCAAUCCAGGAGGUUCACAAUGAUGAAGAGGAUAGUUCCGAUGAUGAAGGUCCUCUGGGAUUUGAUGACAACUUCACUGCGGUGUCACCUGGAAUCAAGAAGGAGGCGCAACAGGACUCAAUCGAUGCUUCUCAACUCGCAGCUUUCCCUUCCCCAGGAACAUCUAUUCCCACACCCCUUCCACCGGCGGAUGCUCAACCCAGCCCUCCCAAGUACGAGCCUGCUAACAAUGGCGAGGCCGGGGCUGUCCCAGAGUUCAGUGGAUUGCUCCCUGAGCGUGCAGACCCAACAGCUCCUGGUGACGCCCCUCACUCUGUUGAACACAGUACAGGGGCCCCGGUGGUUGGCAACGAACCGCAGCGGGACACCUCAGCUACUGCCCCAAAGUCCAACGUGCCUGAUUUCGAGGCCGCUUUUGCUGGCCUGAACCUGGCUCCAGCUAAGGAGGCUGAGGAUGAUGACGAUGAGCCCGACAACAAGGCCUCGGAAUUCGAUUUCUCCUUCGACUCCCCCUCCAACAAGCAUGGUGCAAACUCCAGCACCGAUGAUGCUGGUCACCCUGCUGGCUCGUCCGGGUUCUUCUCCUUCGACAGCAAUGCAACUACAUCGGCCGCUCCGGCCGUUGGCACCGCCCACGGGGGCAGCCCUGCGGCUGGAAAUCAUGACUGGGAUGCUCUUUUCGCGCCACUGGAUGGCGCGAAGCCCGCAACAGAAGAGCAUGCUCCCCCUUCAGGCCCCAAACCGCCUGGCUGGGCUCUGAACACUGACUCGGGAGAAGAUGAUCAAUUCCUACAACGCCUGACAGGCAUGGGUUUCCCAAGAGAAGCGUCUCUCUCCGCCCUCGAGAAAUUUGACUAUAAUCUCGACAAGGCAAUCGACUACCUGACUUCCAAGGCCUAA